AUAAAAAUGAUAAUAUUCUCAUUGUAAUGAUAAUUGGAAGAAAUUAAAAUAUAGAAACAUAAAAGUGACAAAACAAAUCUUAUAAUUAAUGGAAGAAAUUGCGAAUUUAAAAAAAAUUAUGGAGGUAAGAGUAAAACAAGUAUAAGCAAGCAGCCGAACAAUUUUUGAAAACUCAAAUAAUUAGAAAGGACUAAAAAUUGACUGAUGGAGGAAAGAUUUUAGAUACCUAAGGAUAUGAUUUUUAAAAGGAUUUAAAAAAAUUACAGUGGUUAUGCACGGUGAAUUUUUAUACAUAAAAUUAAGAUCAUAAUUUAUGCGGGAACCUCUGUUGUAAAACAUAAUACUUAGUUUAGAACGAUUUAUUCAAGGUUUUGGUGUAAAUCAUUCAUUUCAUUAGGAAAUGAUAGUAGGAGUUUGA